AGGACAUCAAAGUGAACUGGGCUACCACACCAAGCGCAAAGCGUGACACAAGUGGUCAUCAUCAUAUAUUCGUGGGAGACUUAGAUCCAACAGUUGAAACUGCUGAUCUCUAUAACGCCUUUUCCGUAUAUGGAACAAUUUCAGAUACUCGUGUAGUACGAGAUCCCACAAAAGACAACCGGUCAAAAGGAUAUGGUUUUGUCUCCUUCGAAAAGGAAGAGGAGGCCAAGAAUGCCAUUAAAGGAAUGAAUGGUCAGUUCUUAGGAGGCAAGGUGAUCCGCACAAACUGGGCUUCACGUAAGCCUUCGGAGCAAAAGACAGAAACAAAGUCACACGAUGAAGUUUAUGCUCAAGCUAGUGUCAACAAUUGUACAGUAUACUGCGGUGGUAUUCAAAAUGGAAUGUCAGAAGAGUUACUACGCCAAAGGUUUAACGAAUACGGCACUAUACAAGAAGUCAGGCAAUUCCCAGAGAAGGGUUAUGCAUUCAUUCGGUUUUUAUCUCAUGAAGAAGCCACAAGAGCAAUCGUUGGUGUCCACGGUCAUCUGGUAGGAAACUACAAAGUUAAAUGUUCGUGGGGGAAAGAAACACAAUCAGAUCCUGCUGCUCAUGCUCAGCAGCAGCAACAGCAGCAGUAUGCAUAUCAGAGCUUUGCCUACCCGCAGCAGGCCGCCCAGCAGACACAGCAGGCUGGACAGCCCUUUGUGCAGUAUUUCAACCAGCAGUUUCCAACCAGCCAACAGCAGCAGUAUCUGCAGAUGACGCCCUCAACUCAAGCAACCUAUUACUACAAUUACCCGCAGGCUGCAGGUGUGGUUAUGCCAGGGCAAUAUGUGCAAGGUCAAUUCCCCCAGGGCCAAGGGGUACAACAGAGUCAGUACGCCCAGCCGACACAGCCAAUAUCUGCCCUCGGUCAGGGCAUGGCUCCGAGUAGGGGUCUAAUGACGCCCAACUCAACCCAAGGGAACUAUAUGCACUCUGGCUUCCCAACCCAAUAGAGGGAAAGCAUCAUGGUGAUGAGGGGCAGGCUUCCCCUCAUCCUUCACCAAUCCCCCCCCCCCUCAAGGAUCAGGAACUUUUGAUAUUGGACAUCGGUAGGUCUCUGAGCUCCGUUUGUAGUCGGAGAACCUACAAAAGUGGAAUCGUCACACGGACUUCACAAGUAGUUUUUCUUUUCUUUUUUUUUCUGGUUAUUUUUUUUCUCGUUCGCAUGUGUGGGAAGUGUCAAUGGUGUUGAGAAUUUCGUUUGUGCCAAUGGUACUUGUGCAAAAUGGAACUGGACAAUAACUGUUUUGUACAACAAAAAAAAGGGCGGGUUGACGUCCAUGUGAUAUGAUUCACGCGAUCCGAAAUCAUGUGAUGUGUCGGAUAGUGAAGGAAAAACUCCUUGUUUGGCUCAGCCUCUCUGAGGUCGCGUCUUGAUUGGUCAAAGAUCAUCCAGUCUGCAGUUCCCGCCUCACUGAUUGGCUGUUUCUAGGAUACCAAGCUGGUGGUGCUCAACCAAUAGUAGUCCAAGAGUAACUCCGCAUUGGCUGAAAGCAAUGCCGCACAGUGUGCACGGCGGCAGUGCACGCUUCCAUCAAGAAGGUUUGGAGCGAUCAGGAGAGGAAAUAUUGUAUAAAAAUAAAUGACUUUAUUAUUAGAGUAUUAAGAAGAAUAAAAAAAAUAAUUAAAUAAAUAAGAAAAGAAAAAAAAGGAAAAAAAAAAAAGGAUAGCGUCAAUGUGGGUGGUGGGUGUAUUAGUAGUAUGGGUGAAAAAAAUGCUGUCUCUGCAUUUUUGAUAUAUAUAUGUGUACAAACAUGUUUUCGAUACUAUGGGAUUAUAUUACCAAAUGGGGUCUACAUAUAUCAAGUUAUAUUGUAUAGGGUUGGGCAUGGUUUAUGGUCACCCUUGGACACUGUACUUCUGUUUCAUGAACAUUCCUAGAAUGCAGCUGAUAUCGGCAGGCAUCCUUGCCAGAAAAAAAAAAACUACUGAAUUUGGGGAUGUGUUUUAUUUCUUUGUUUUCAGUUGGUAGUACUACAUGUUGUUGUUGAGGCCGUCACACUGCAAUAUUUGAUUAUGUUAUGACCAAGUCGGAGAAUAGUGGGUUUCGUGGUACUAGGAGCUCCCUCUAGUGGUGUGUAGAAAUCUGCAUAUAACCCUCUCUAUUUUGUUCUCAUCGUGGUCCCGAACUAUAAGGUUUCAUCAGAUACCCUGACUGUAAGGCAGAACGGCUUCUGACCAAUCAAGUCAUUAUACCACAUAAUACUCAACAUCUAACGAACUCAUUAGCUUCUUGUUAAUGAGGUUACCGAACCCUUGAUAUUUGAGGAUACUUUCGAAAGGAAACAAAAAAACAAAACAAAAAUGGAAUCAAAAAAGGUACAAGAAACUCAAACUGUACUUGGGCAAAAAUUUGUUCUGCCCACUUACGUUACGUACAUACGAGUUUUAAAUUGUCAAACAAUGUAUCUUGAUUAAAACAGCCCGACUUGCACACAAAACAAGUGCUGAGGAUUGUCGCUCAAGAUUGCAUAAGAGAUUUUUUUCUUUGCAAGAUACAAAUUUUGCAGUUUUGCACUGAUGUGACGGCAGUACCCUCUUUCAAUUGUAUCUUGAUUACAAGAGCCCCGUGUGCACAGAAAACAAUCACUGAGGAAUGUCGCUUUCGCAUAGAACAUUUUUAUGAAUUAUACAAAUAUGACAGUUUUGCACUGAUGUGACGGCAGUACCCUACCUACUAAGAUUCUUCAAUUUAUCUCUCUCUGUGAGUAAAAUAUUAGAUUUCGUCCAGAUUUGUCCAUAUGGAGAUAAGACUUGCAGUGAAAAACAAGCCAGUGCUAUUUUUGUGGUGACCCUUUUUCGUAUGCUUUUCCUCUGGGGGACAUGACCCAAAACGGCCAAGAUGUGAAGAUAUCUAAGGGCCUUCUCGCUCCAUCUUUGUCAUCACGCCCAUAGGGGAGGGAUUGCUAAAUGAAUUCCAAUGCAACCAAGUUGAGACCUCCUUAAGUGUUUCUAAACAAAAUCUCAGCUCUGGCUGAGAGUGGCUUAGGCUUUGGGCUCCUAUUGGCUGAUACGUCUCACUUUCUGCAUCUGCAAUUUUAGACGCCUCAAGGUUAUGACCCAACGAAAAAAAGAAGAGAGUUAUAGCGCAGUAUUUCACCUACCACUAAGGUUGCUCCUAUAUUAACUAAGCUAAACAUAGUGAAGUACAGUGGCCUCGAGUGACCAAUGUUUCUGUUAAUUAAGUGCGCUGUCCGAACCCCAGUUGUGUCUGUUCAAUCAUAAUACUUAUAUCCAUAGGCAUUGUAACAAGAAAAAAGUAUUGUAUUGGCCUCAUUGAUAUGUGCAUUCGUAUUGUGUCACAAUUACCAAAAAAAAAUGUAUAUAAUAAAUCGCCUACCUACUCAGACAUGAAGUGAACCGGAGAACCCCGUGAUUAAAGCAAUUUAGAACCAGGGGCCACUUUUUAUUUGCGCUACAUCUGCUGUGCUCUGUAGCCGAGGGGAGAUGAAUGUACCAUGAGUUUAUAACAUCAUCAAUUACAUGUGACACCAGAAUCAUAUUUACCCAUGUUGGUUGGGUGUGUUUUCUGUGUGUGUUGGCACAUCACAAGUAUCUCAACUGUUGCGUGUACGAUCGUUUCGGCUACUCUUUUGAAAUGAAACGGCGAUCUGGUGAAGAAAUUAAAUUCCUAGUCGUGCAUUUUGAAACUACCCAUCUCCUGGAGAUAUUAAAUAUGAUACUUUAUCAGGCGUAUUGCUUACAUUAUGUGUUGGUAAACUGUUGAAGGGAACAGAAUUUCAGAGGUAUUAUAUACAGAUGAUAAUGGUGCACAGCGGGCAUCUGCCUACAUAUUUUGUUGUUUGAAGCAUUCACUGUACACUGGUUGUUGUUCUGAUUCAAUUGCUCCGGUGAUCUACAGUUUUGUAUCAUAAUAUGAAAAAAAACACUAGUAGAACAUACAUUAUGUAUAUCCAUCUGGUGGAUGCUAAAGUUCUGUAUAAUCUAAAGAGGGGAAAACUCAUUUUAAAGAAUGCUAUAAUUUUGUAGAGUAAACGAACGAGACUUCAGGAAGAUUUUUUGGAAAGUCCUUUUUUUUUUUUUGUACGAUGAGACAGCUGAUAGGGUCUCUCAGGAGAAAUAUGUAUGCAUCAAUUCAGUGCCUUGUUUUCAUUUUCUUCGCCAUCUUGGUGACUUUCUUAGUUCAUAAAAGGUGCAGACAUCACUGCUCUACUAAAUGGACCUAUCUCAUGUUUACCUCACAAACAAUGCUGCGAGUUAACCACAAAAGCAUGUCAUAGGGUUUAUGGGGGCGGCCAUCUUUACUUUAUUCACCCUGCUGGGCGGCCAUCUUGGUUUUUUGUUAUCCUCGCGGGGGCGGCCAUCUUGACUGAGUUCCUUAUUUUCAAACCUGUGUUGACAAAACCGAGGCUUGGCCAAAAAAGAGCCUGGUGCUGUGUGUCCGUUGAGAGAUAACCUUGCUUGCUGAGAGGGGAAUGUGACCAAGGUAACCACGUCACGGUGGAAGUCUUAGAUAGUAGCUCCAGUUUUGGACAGAAAACAAAUGUUGCAGUAUUAUAAUCAAUGAAAGUGUCUAUAAUUAGAAAGAGGUUUGUAGUUGAACCGUGAACAUAUCCUCAAUGAGUUGUUAAACUAUUGCGGAUAAGUUUUGGAAGAUAUUUGUAUCUGAUUAUAUUUCAGACCUCCUUGGUGUUGUAUUAGAGAUACGGCCUAACAUAAAUUCCUGAAGUGUAAAAGGUAAACGCUUAGGUUUGAAGAUGACGUUGAUUGCAAUGAGCCCAUCGGUAUUAAAGAAGUACUGCCAUUAUGAAUUUAUAGUUGGGGUUACCCGUUUUCCCCAGCCCGCUCCUUGAAGAAGACCACCUGAAUUCAAACCAUGUUCUUGUUACAAUGCCCAUUGUAGAUACCCUUAGGUUGACGCCCCCCAUGUUGCCAUGAUUGUACUAUCCAGUAGAAUGUAGAAAUUAAUUUUCGAGAAAACAAAUUCUAGCUUAUUAUGUUCAUCGAACCACUGUAAAAUAAGAUCAAACUAAAACGUAUGGUUUGGGGAAAUAACGUAAACUAUUGUUUAGACAAAUUGCAUUGUAAAUAAUGUGCAGUAAACAAAACAAAAAAAACUAUUCCAGCUGUGAUCGUUUUUAAUUCCAUCAUUUAAAACACUUUCAUAAGUAAAGUGAAUGUUAUUAUUUUAUUUCUUUAUUUGUCAGUAUGAUUCCCGGUCCUCAGUUUGUACACCGCUGGAGGUUUGACAGAGUGAAAGACAUGGUUUUGUCUGUAGUUUUUAGGCCACAAUAUUUGUCCUGUUACUGGUAUUCUUUGAGAUGAUGUGUCCCCCCCCCCCCUUCCAAAAACUUGUAAUG